AUGGAAGCGAGCGUUUUGUCGGCCAGCAACGCCAUGCUGGAUGCGCUGCCGCCCAGCCCAGCCGAGGGCGCUGAGGACGACCAGGAGGCUGAGGGAAGGUCGAAGAAGGAAAUAAAGAUCGCCAUUGCAGGCAUCGUCCUGGCUGGCAACGACGUAUCUCAGGUACUGCUGUCCGUCGUAAUCACCUACUAUGGCAACCACGGCAACAGACCGCGGUGGAUGGGGCUCGGGGUGAUCGGCUCCGGGAUCUCGAGUAUCUUGGCUGCCUCUCCUCAACUCAUUUACGGAUCAGGCGGUGAAGCUUUGGCCACCGCACUCCUGUCCAGCGUCCAGAACAGCUCCACGACCGACGAUACUUACUUGUGCCCUCACAAAGCUGAGGAAAAAUGCGGAAUAGAGGACGACGACAGCGGCCAGGCGUACAUGGGCCCCGCAAUAAUAUUGUUCCUGUCGCAGUUCUUCUUCGGCAUCACCGUCAGUUCUUACUUCAGCAUCGGCCUCAUUUAUAUCGAUGAUAACGUCAAAAGAACUGAAACAUCCGUUUAUUACGGAAUAUCGAUGGUUGGGCGCGUGCUGGGACCAGUGAUGGGUUUCUUCCUGGGCAGCAAGUGCCUCUCGUACUGGAUCGACCCGAGCCUCGACCCAGAGAUCAGCAGGCGGGACCCGCGCUGGCUCGGCGCCUGGUGGCUGGGCUUUCUGAUCCUGGGGACCAUACUCGUCAUUUCGGGUUUCUUUUUGAUGUUCUUCCCGGAGCAACUCUCGUCGAGCCUGACAGCGCAAAUCCAGCGACUCGAAAAAGCGGAAAUCAGGAAAAAUCCGCAGAAAAGCGAGGUACUUUCCGUGGACCAUUACCUAGCACUGACCCGGCAGAAGAAGAAGCAUACCAAGCCUUCCCUCAAAAAACUUCCUAUGGCACUGAAAAGACUGUUCAGUAACAAGGUCUACCUCGGCAAUUGCUUCGACACGAUUUGCGUUCUCCUCGCUCUCUCGGGGUACUGGACUUUCAAGCCAAAGUAUCUCGAAACUCAGUUCCACAAGAGUGCCAGCGAAGCUAAUUUCUACACAGGUCUAGCGAGUUUGAUAGCAUCAAUGUUCGGUAUUAUACUGGGUGGCGUGGUGAUGAAGUGGAAGCAGCCAAGAGCUCGAUAUGUUGCAGCCUACAGUGUCUUCGUCACGAUAGUGUCGGCCUCUAUUAUGUUCUCGCUGGCAUUCGUAAAGUGUCCCGACGUCAAUAUACUCGGAAUAGACGAUGUGUGUUCACUGGACUGCGAGUGCAGUACCAAGUUCCAGCCUGUAUGUUCCCAAGGACUACAAACGUAUUACUCUGCUUGCUCUGCCGGCUGCACUUCAAUGUCGAAAAAUGGUUCUGAAGUGGUCUACAGGGACUGCACGUGUAUUGCGGAACCGCUAAUUUCUAUACAGACUCUCGACUCGAACGUUCCGUCAUCGUCGCUGGUUUACAACAACGCCCCUGUGAGCGAUAGCACCGCGUCAGGAAGCUGGGCCACGGACGGCUACUGCCCCAACGAGUGCUCGAGUCUCUUCACCUACAUCGGCCUCACCAUCGUCAGUAAACUGAUCAGUGCUACCAGCAGGGUGGGAGGCACUAUGGUAUUCCUACGAUCUGUUCAUGAAGAAGAUAAAGCGCUGGCACUUGGCGUCAUGACAGCCGUGAUCAGUUUAAUUGCCUUCAUUCCGGGCCCUAUCAUUAUGGGCGCCAUCGUGGACUCCGCGUGUAUGAUGUGGGACACAAAAUGCGGACAGCGCGGCAACUGUUGGCUCUACGACACGGACAAGUUCAGAAUAUUGAUGCACCUCGUGACAGGAAGUCUGAUGCUUCUGUCAAUAAUAGGCGACAUCGUGGUCUUCAUAUACAGCAAAGACAUCGAACUUUACAAAGAACCUGAAGAAAUAGUUGAAAUGUUUGAAGCUAAAGGGAAAAAAGCACCGAAUUUAUCUAUUGUUAAAAAUGACAAGAAACCUAAUUUAUAAUGUUGUGAUGUUCAUUUUUUAAUGUAUUAUUAUAAAUAAGUAUUGUGG